AUGGCGGCGUACGUCACGGCGGUGCCUAUAAAAGGGCCAGAGCUUCCGGGCUCAGCGCCAGUAUCAGUUAGUUGUGUUUGGUGUUGGGUCUUCUUCGACGGAGGAGUGAAGCCGGCUUUGGCCAGCAGGGGGCGCCUCAGGUGGGAUUUUCUCCUCCCAAUGAGUGGCUUAGUUCUCAUUAGCAUGAAAGACGGCCAGAAGUUAGUGUUCCACGGAGAAGGGGACCAGGAGCCCGACUUGGAGCCCGGGGACGUCAUCAUUGUGCUGGAUCAGAAGGACCACCCGGUCUUUCAGAGGAGAGGCCAGGACUUGAUCAUGAAAAUGAAAAUCCAGCUGACGGAGGCGUUGUGUGGCUUCAAGAAGACCAUCGAGACCUUGGAUGAUAGAGUCUUAGUCAUACAAUCUAGGGCUGGCGAGGUGAUAAAACACGGAGACAUCAAGUGCAUCUUAAACGAAGGCAUGCCCACUUACAAAUCCCCCUUGGAGAAAGGCUCCCUCAUCAUACAAUUCUUGGUGGACUUCCCCGAACACCACUGGCUCUCCCUGGACCGGCUGCCCCUCUUGGAGGCGCUCCUUCCUCCCCGGGAAGAGGUCACGGUCACCGAGGACAUGGACCAGGCGGAGCUGGUGGAGUUCGACCCCCGGGAGCGGCCUCACCGCCACCGUCACGGAGGAGAGGCCUACGAGGAGGACGACGACAACGGCCCCCGGACGGGCGUCCAGUGCCAGACCUCUUGAACCCAAAGCGGGAAGCACGACGUACAUUGGGACUUUCUAGGGCCCGUUUUUUGAAGGCCCGUUCUCAUGUUCUGCACUGUGUGUUAACUCUAUAUAUUUUCUAAGGAGUUCCAUAUUGAAGUGUUUUCUGUAAACUAUUAAGCAUGUGUAACCGAAGACUUGAACAUCCUAGAACUUGAUAGAGCGAGCAAUUCCCGGGACUCUUAAAAGGAAUAAGGGAGGGAGGGAAGAGUUCGUCAUGCACUGUAUGCUUUUGAAGUAUUUCUUCAAAUAAAACUUGAAAGGACCAUUCUCAUA